AUGACCAAAUCAUCAUCGAAUCGAAUCAAACGAAGAGCAAGUAAAUCCAAAAGUGAAAAAUCGAAUUCUGACUGGUGUAAAGACCCUAACGUAGAAAUAGUCAUGCUAGAGUCUAUGGAACAAGUGAUUCCUAUCGAUUUUGUAAAACCUUUUUCAGUAUUGAAUAUUCAUGUAGCAUUGAAAGAAGAAGCCCAAGUUGAAAUUCCGAUUGAACAAAUUGAAAAUCGGCUGAACGAGUUGUAUAAUUAUCAAAUACUUGAAACUCAUCGUCAUUGUGUGGACGAAGAAAGUUCGGAAGAUUUUGUUUUACCGAAAGAUAUUAUUGACGAAUUUGAAACAAGGGAUGAUGAAGGUAGUGGCAAGAAAACAACAACCAGAUCAUCUCCAAGACCAAAAAAACGCAAAUAA